AUGGAUGAGCUGAGCAAGCUUCCGGACACCAUUACGUCGGUUGUUGAGGCCUCAGCGUUGUUUGGUCGGAUUCUGGGCAAGGCCCAAGAAUUCCUUAAUAAGAUUUUGCUGACGGAAGAGAUAGACAAGAAUGAAAUGCAUAGCAUGUCCCGGCUGACUAAGAUAAUCUACGGUUACUCUCAUGACAUGCAGGGCAAAGGCUCCCAGAACGAAGCCAAGAAUAUGUUCCUGCUAGAAGAGAUUAUUCUGUUGGAGGAGAUGAAAGGGAUUGAGCUUCCAGAUUUUCUGCCGAGGGCAGCUUUUCGCAUCCUUCUUGAGAAGAAGGUGAAGGGGCUGUCUUUCACCACUCUUGAGUUCAUUCACAAUAUGUGGGCCUACAUAGAAGACGAGGUGAUCUCUGUUCUCACAAAGCACUUUGUUAACUACCCACAGCUGCUUCCAUCCAUGAUGUGGGCUGUCCAGAACUUGGUGGCCAUGGAGAGGAAGCAGUCAGAGGUUUGGGUUCUUGAUGUGGUCGAGAUGGAGAGGAAGACGGACUAUACAUGCAGCCCCGAUUAUCUGGCUUUGUGGAAGAAGCUCAUGGCCCACCACAAGGUGUUUGUGGAAAUUCUGGAAGACGAAUCAAAAACGGCAAAUAUGGCCAUUGAUGGGUACGGGAAUGUUGAUGUCUCGCACCUGAGGAGCUGGACAGGGACGGCGGUCGUGCACGAGGCAUUCGACCUUAAGAUGAGAUUGAUGAGCUACUGGAAGAUUGUGCUUCAAAGAUUUGUUGACUGCGUCGCCCUGCAUUUGUUGUUUUGCAUAAGGAAUCUGGUGAACAAGGACUUGGAAGUGGAGAUCACGAAGGUGGUGCUCGGUCCUGAAGUGAAGGGGCCUGAGAGGAUGCUAGAGGAGUUGCCGGCGGUGGCUGAGAAACGCAAGAAGCUAAAGCAUAGUAUUGCGCUGCUCGAGGAAUCCAAGGAUGCGUUGGCCCAGAUCGAUAAUGACAUUGCUGGUAUUAGAAUGGGACAGGUGGUUUGA